GAGCUGUCAGACAGAGAGGCUGAGACAAACUGGGACACCGGCUACUCUCAGGCUACAGCUGCCAUCCUCACCCUCCAGCAUGAAGGCCUCCGCAACCCUCCUGUGUCUGCUGCUCACAGCUGCCACCCUCACCACCCAGGUGCUCGCCCAGCCAGAUGCAAUUCAUUCCCCGGUCACCUGCUGCUAUCAUUUCACUAGCAAGAAGGUCCCUAUGCAGAGGCUGGUGAGCUACGGAAAAAUCACCAGCAGCAAGUGUCCCAAAGAAGCUGUGAUCUUCAAGACCAAACUGGAUAAGGAGAUCUGUGCUGACCCCAAGCAGAAGUGGGUCCAGGAUUCCAUGAAGCAACUUGACAAGAAAACUCUGAAGCCUUUAACAACUCUGAAGCCUGUAACACUCACUGCCCAGAACUCAAGAAGCUAAUUUAUUGUCUUUUAACUUUCCCUAGAUGCCCUCUGAUAUUUUAUUAUAAUUUCAAAUAGUAUCAACUUUGUUUAUUGAUGUAACAUGGCAUCUUAAAUAGUGUUAAUCGUAUUUAAGUUAUUGAUGUUUUAAGUUUAUCUUCCACGAACACUAGUGUCUGUUACAUUAAGAGACUUGCUCUCCUUUGUGAACCUCAAUUCUUCCCCGAUAUGAUACGGGGUCCUGAUAAGGGUCAUUAAUACAUUUUUGUUUUAAAUUUUGAGGCAUUUCUAAAAGUGAUAUUGUGGAGAUGUUUGUAUUAUGUAACUAAUAAAUUAUA